AUGGCGGGAAUACGAAGGCAAUCGCGAGUAAAUGGCGAUUGUGGUGGUAAUCUGGGUAUGGAUGGCGCGUUAAUAAGUUCUGUUACGUACGUGAGGCCGCGGGAAGGUGCGCAUUAUUUUGUAGAGCUCACUGAGAGACAUUUGCUCGUGUUCGAGAUGUUGAAUUCCAUGUGUCUCUUGGAGAACUAUGACCAUAUGCUGUUAUUUUUGGAGUGUCAGUUGGGCAAAUCUCACAAUCUGGCGGUCAUCCCCUUUGAUAUCAUAUUGGUUCUUUUCACGUUAUCAACUUUGUCUGAAUAUUAUAAAGAGCCGAUGUUAAGGGCGAACGAUCCAUAUAACGUGACGAGAGGAACAUUGAGCAAGAGAGCUUUGAAAAUGCUGCAAAAAUAUCUCGUCAUUUUAAAAGAGUUUGAUACUGAAGAGUACAAUCUGCAUGAUUUAGAAUUGCUGCGAUGUCAAUUUUUCCUGGCAAUCGAUACGCUGACACCAAAAAAGCAAAGGUGGACUUUUGAUAGGUUUAGGAGAGUAAAGUCCGAAAAUGGGGUGGUUUAUAAACAAAAUGCUAGUGCAGACCCUGACCUUGACCCAAGUGAGACUAUAAAAAACCCUUAUAGGUCCUAUAUUAGUUGUCUAGAGCAAACUCACACCGUUCUGGGAAAUCGCUUAUUGAAUUUGAAACUAAGCGAGCCCGGGGAAUUCAUCAACAUGAUUUUAUGGACGCUGUCCAACUCAUUGCAAGAAAGCACGCCGCUGUACCUAUCAAGUCAUGAAAUAUGGAUGCCCUUACUGGAGAUGAUCAUCGAUCUGUUUAAUGCUAGACAAGAUUACUUUAUACAGCAUGAAAUUACCCGAAGUACAGGCAAGGCCUUGUUCAUUCAGCGCUUAUCAGAGAGUCCUUUGGCCAUUUUCUUUGAGUCCUUGAAUACAAGGAAUUUUGCCAAUAGAUUUUCUGAAUACGUGUUUCUAAAUUGUGAUUACAAACUACCGUCAGACAGUUACGCGACACCGGUCCAUCCCAUAUAUCAUGGCGAAAAUACUAUGGUUAAUACAUACAUUCCCAGAUUUGAGUAUAGUCGCCUGUACAAAUCGCAAAAAUCAUUAGCAUUGCGAAGGAAACUUAUUGGAUCAUGUUUCAAACUAUUAUUAAAGGUACCAGAUGGUCGUAGAUUAAUUACUCCAAGAAUCAUUGCGGAUGAUAUCAUCCAGGGAAUCUCACGAACGCUCGCCUCUUUCAACGAUAUCUUGCAGUUCAAAAAAUUCUUCAUGACCGAAAACUUGUCACAAGAGUCAUAUUUUAUACCCUUAUUAGCCGAAGGUACGCUAUCCGAGAUAUCCAAAGACACGCAAGACUGUGUUAUUAUCCUGACAUUGGUGGAGAAUCUAUCGGAUGGCGUCUCAUUUUGCAAUGAGGUUAUUGAUCUAGUCGAGCUGGAUUGUUUUGCAUUUACCGAACAAAGUACUAAGAUGUCAUACGAAGAAUCAUUCUUAGUUAUUGAAAAAUGUGACGUAUGCUUACUGGUCCUUUUACGAUAUCUUCUGCAUUUGAUUGAUAUUGAAACAAUAACAGGAGCCAAGGGAGCACUAAGAAUGUUAAAAGUAAUUGAAAAAAAUGAUUUGAAAAGGCAGCAGUGGGUUAAAUCACUGGAUUUGGGAAUUGAACCGCCUUUAUUGUAUCCUACGGCUUCCAAAAUGUUCACUGUUCACCUUAGGAUGUAA